AUGGGACUGUCGCUGAAACAAGCCUUACCGAUAGACGUUGAGGUCGUCCUAAUCAUAGCUCCAUACACUCAGUUCGCAAGGAUUUGCUCUCCCCGUCCAAUGAGAAUGGAUAAGGAAACGACGCUUUCGCUAUCGUUAGAUCACGAUCUGACGAGGGUGGGACACGUCAGCCUCAUCGUGCUGCGGAAGUCGAAGUUUUCUCCGGUGACGUACUCGGACAAUCGGAUCAGAGCUUUUCCCAAUUCCUUUCCGUUGAAUAGCCUACAAACUGAUUGGCGGCGGCGGCGGCGGCGUGUUUGGUGCCUGAUGGCCGAUCUAAUCGAAGAGGAUGAAGGGAUUGUCAAUAUCACCCUGCAAUCCGUCGGCCCUUCUCCUCGCACUCGCCUCAGGGUCCCCUCUAAACUCAAGGUUAAAGAGUUGAGAACAUUGAUUGCCAAGAUUAGUCACUUGCCUCUUGAGAAUAUGACGCUUGUUUUUCGAGGCAAUGUGUUACAUGACAGUGCAAAUGGUGACGAUUUAUAUGUCCAACUCCAUGAAGGAGGAACUGUCAUUGUUGCCAUCAAACCAAAGUUGCCUGCUAAGUCCAUUCAGGACAACUUUGACGACGACGAUGGGGAAGAUCUUAAAUUCAAACUUCCGGAAUCAACCAAUAGGUGGAAAAGAAGACUUUUUUUCGUCUUACGUGAUAAACUUAGGCUCCCUGAUAUGCUUUUGAUGGCAAUUUUCUCCCUCAGAAUAAAGACAUGGGCAGCCAUUGUAUUAUGGUUUAUACUGGCACCUGUUGCCCAUAGAUUGGGUAUUGGGCCUUUAUAUAUAAUCGGGACUGGCUUUUUUAUCAUUUUCUACAACCUUGGCCACCGGCAACCUGGUGAUGCAAGUGCAUACUCCGUAUUUAAUGAAGAUUUUCGAGAACUUCCUGGAACACUCAAUGCGGAUAGGCUGGACAGGGACAUUCGACAUGGGCAGUUUUGAGUUAGGGGUUUCACAGACUCAUAGUACUUGCCAACUCCCUUUUGUGUUGGCAUUUACAUGAAUUUUAAAGAAACAAUUGUAAAACUAACUCUUACCUCCAGCUCACUAUUGGAGUUUAUCCAAGUAAAUAUAUUGGCAUUUAUGAUACCAAAGCUAAACCACCAGUUGGCUCGCCUUGUCUUUUGUUUU